AUGAUGGGCGGGCGGGAUCUGGGCGACGGUGGUGUUUGGUGGCGUCAUGUUGGUUGUCAGUCAGGGCCGGGGGCCCUGGAGGCUGAAAGUGGUGGAGGCUAUAUCGACGUCGGUAUGGGUAGCCUGAAGAAGCCUCUGUGCCUCGCAUUCAGCGCCGAAUCUCGAGGUAAGGCCCUCCAUAGGCGCCGCGGGCUCGACGCCCGGUAUUCCGGGGGCGCCUACGCCUAG